AGGGGUGACACAGAGCCGGCACCCCGCGCAGACGGGCGGCUGACGGGAGCGAAACGGGACGCGGGGCCGCAUCCCGGCUGCCUCCGCACCGCCGUGCCCGCCCCCGCAUUACCGGCCGUGUCCCGGCUGAUUUACGGGAAGCUCCUUAAUUUUUAACUAGGCAGGGUCGGGUCAGAGCCGGCCAGAUCUCCCGGCGCCGCUGGACACGCAGGGACCGACCCGCCGGGCACCCAGCAUGGCCAUCAAGACACUCUGGCUGCCUCUGGCCUGGCUGGUGGCCACAGCCACGGUCACUGUCACCCCGGUGCUCGCUCUGGAGGCCCCUCCCAGCUGGACGCCACUGUUUGGGGAGCCCCCGACACCUCCUGUGCCCCCUGUGCCCCCUGCUCGCACCCCCGCUCCCUCGCAGGACGUGGGGACCCCCAGCGCUCACCCCGAGGGGCUGCCGGGCUGGGGUGUCACAGAUGUGACAGCGCCGGCGGGGACACUGGAGGGGCUGGACACCGCAGCCAAUGUCUGGGGUCUCACAGAUGUCCCCAGCCCCAGCCCCGCAGCGCCGGAGGGGACACUGGAGGGGCUGGACCCUGCAGACCAUGGCUGGGGUAUCACAGAUGUCCCCAGCCCCAGCCCCGCAGCGCCGGAGGGGACACUGGACGAGCUGGACACCGCAGCCAAUGACUGGGGUAUCACGGAUGCCCCCAGCCCCACAGCGACAGAGGGGGCACUGGAGGAGCUGGACACCGCAGCCAAUGGCUGGGGUAUCACAGAUGCCCCCAGCCCCACAGCGACAGAGGGGGCACUGGAGGAGCUGGACCCCAUUGGCACCACGGCAGUGCCCCCGCCCGGCACCAGCGCCCCGCCGUGCCCUGGGGACGAGGAGCCGCCCGACGCCUGCGGGGAGCCCACGGGGGAGCAGCGGGCUGCCGUGGCCGAGGCUCUGGGCACCUUCGCCCUCCGCUUCUACCAGCGCAUGGCAGAGGAGGCCGGGCCCGACGCCAACCUGCUCUUCUCCCCCAUCACCGUCGCCACGGGGCUCUCGCACCUGCUGCUGGGCGCCCGCGGAGAAACCCAGGAGCGUCUGGCCGCCCUGCUGGCGUACCCGCCGGGGCUGCACUGCGUGCACGGCGCCCUGCAGCAGCUGGCCAGCACGCCAGGCCUCUUCUCGGCCGCCCAGAUCUUCCACAACCCAGAGCUGCAGCUCCGGCCCCGCUUCCUCAACGACUCCCUGCGCUUCUACGGCGCCCGCCCGUACGCCCUGAGCGGCAACGAGAGCCUGGACCUGCAGCGCAUCAACGCCUGGGUGCGGGAGGCCAGCAAGGGGCUGCUGCCCUCGCUGCUCUCCGCGCUGCCCCCCGAGCCCAGCCUGCUGCUGCUCAGCGCCGUCCAUCUGCGCGCCGCCUGGCGCACGCCGCUGGACCGCAAGAAGACGGUGCUGCUGCCCUUCCUGCGGCCCGGGCAGCGCCCCCGCAAGGUGCCCACCAUGACCAGCGCCAAGUACCCCGUGGCCUCCUUCAGCGACUCCCGCCUGCGGGUCCAGGUGGGGCGGCUGGAGCUGCACGGGGGGCUGAGCCUCGUGGUGCUGAUGCCGCGGGAGCCGCUGGAGCCCCUGGAGAGCCUGGAGCGGGCUCUGGACCCCGCCACCUUCCUGGCGCUGCUGCGGCGGGCGGCCCGCACCCCGCCCCGGGCCACCGCGCUGUCCCUGCCCCGCCUGCGCCUCGACCUCGCCCUGGACGUGGUGCCUCUGCUCCACGACAUGGAUUUCGGGCUGUUCCUGGACGCGGAGCUGUGCGGGCUGGCGCGGGGCCCGGCCGCGGUGGACACGGCGCGGCACCGGGCGGUGCUGGCGCUGGACGAGGCCGGCGUGGAGGCGGCGGCGGCCAUGGCCACCUCGGUGGCGCGCUCGGCCCUGGUGCUGGAGGCCCUGCGCCCCUUCCUCUUCGUCCUGUGGCACAACAGCGGCGACUUCCCCGUCUUCAUGGGCCGUCUCAGCGACCCGCAGCCCUGACUCUGCUCCUCCUGUGCCUGUCCUCCCUCCUCCCACCCCUUCAUCCUUCCCUCCCGCCCCCUCCUCCCUCCAUCCCUGCCUCCUCCUCUCCCUGCUUCCCUCCUUCCUUCUCUCCUUUACCCCUCUCGUCCCAUCCUUCCCUCGUCCCUCCUCCCUC